GUCAUCGAUAGCGGCGCCCCCGCUCAAUGGGGAGGUGCGGCUCUCCGCGAGGAGAAGCGUUCGGUAAGGAGGACAGUCCGAAAGCAGUGCCCCAAAUGUGUCCGUUUUAACCUUUGCCGGGAUUUCACUUUAAGGACAACACUGGAAGCAUGUGGACGAGGCAAUCCGUGACGUUUUCUUUGAGAAGCUGCCUGGCAGUUUACAUCGGAUCGGGCCGAACGGCACCCGAGUUCUAAAUGUCGCCUGAGCAGCGACGCCAUUACGUCAUUGCUGGAUGCGUUUCCACAGAGGACGGCUCCCGAACAGACGAAUCACGAGCUUCUGAACAUAUUUCUCUCACACACGAGUCACAUCUGCGGUGGAAGAUAUAAAAUGAAGUAAAACUUUCAGGGAAAUUCUAUGUUGACUGGUGAAGUCUAUUGCUUACGUUGAAGAGAACGAGGAAUUUGACUUAUACCUACACCUUAUGCUGAGAAACAUAAAUGACAGCUGCAAGAUUGACUGAAGACUGUGGGCAAAACGUGGAUACCAUGGCAGAGAGAAGACAGCUAUUUGCAGACAUGCGGGCUCAAGACUUGGAUCGUAUUCGAUUAUCCACCUAUAGAACUGCAUGCAAACUCAGAUUUGUCCAGAAGAAAUGCAAUUUGCAUUUAGUGGACAUUUGGAAUGUUAUAGAGGCCUUUCGAGAGAAUGGUCUCAACACCAUGGACCUCAACACCCAGUUCACUGUGGCUCGGCUAGAAGCAAUACUGUCUACCAUCUUCUACCAGCUGAACAAGCGCAUCCCCACCACCCACCAGAUUAACGUAGAGCAGUCUAUUAGUCUGGUCCUCAAUUUCUUGCUGGCUGCCUAUGACCCGGAAGGCCUUGGAAAAAUUUCUGUCUUUGUUGUGAAGAUAGCCUUGGCAACAAUUUGUGGAGGGAAGAUGCUAGACAAGUUAAGAUAUAUUUUUUCACAGAUAUCGGACUCGGAAGGUAUGAUGAUUUACUCCAAAUUUGACCAGUUCCUGAAAGAAGUCCUAAAAUUGCCAACCACUGUGUUUGAGGGCCCCUCUUUUGGCUACACUGAGCAGGCUACAAGGUCCUGCUUUGCGCAACAGAAAAAGGUCUCUCUCAACACAUUCUUGGACACGCUCAUGUCAGACCCCCCUCCGCAGUGUCUGGUCUGGCUACCUCUAAUGCAUCGUCUGGCCAAUGUGGAGAAUGUGUUUCACCCUGUCGAGUGCUCCUACUGCCAUAGCGAAAGCAUGAUGGGCUUCCGGUAUCGCUGCCAGCAAUGUCAUAAUUACCAGCUUUGUCAGGACUGCUUCUGGAGGGGACAUGCCAGCGGUUCCCAUAGCAACCAACACCAAAUGAAAGAGUAUACAUCAUGGAAAUCUCCUGCUAAGAAGCUAACGAACGCCCUGAGCAAGUCGCUCAGUUGUGCUUCCAGUGGUGAGCCACUGCACCCCAUGUUCCCAGACCAGCCCGAGAAGCCUCUCAACCUAGCUCACAUCGUUGAUACUUGGCCUCCGCGACCAGUGAACAGCAUGAAUGACUCAAUGUUCUCCCACUCUGUGCCUACCUCAGGAAGUCCAUUCAGUAACAAAAGCUUGCCUAACAAGAGUAAUGAAGUCGAGCAGAGUACACUCUCAGCUAGGGAUGCUCCAGCUUUGUUGAAAGGGAAGGGGUUAAACUACAGCCUUGAAGUCGCUGACAGACUUGCUGAUGAACAUGUGCUCAUCGGCCUGUAUGCCAAUCUACUACAAAGCAACCCCACGUGCAUGCUGGAGAGUAGCAGUCGGCUGGACGAGGAACACCGACUCAUUGCACGCUAUGCUGCAAGGCUGGCCGCCGAUGCUGCCUCCACGCAACAGUCUCAACAGCAGCACCUGGCUUCAGACAUCGCCGUCUCUCUGGAUGCCAACAAGCAGCAGCGCCAACUCAUAGCAGAGCUGGAGAAUAAAAACAGAGAGAUACUACAAGAGAUACAGCGACUGAGGCUGGAACAUGAACAGGCCUCCCAACCACCGCUGGACAAGACCCAGCAAAAUCCCACCCUCCUGGCCGAGCUUCGCCUGCUCAGGCAGCGGAAGGAUGAGCUGGAGCAGAGGAUGUCUGCUUUGCAGGAGAGUCGCAGGGAACUGAUGGUGCAGCUGGAGGGACUGAUGAAGCUACUGAAAACUCAAGGCACUGGAUCCUCCCACUCUUCCCCCAGUCACACUAUCAGCAGGCCCAUCCCCAUGCCUAUUCGCUCUGCCUCUGCCUGCACCACACCCACCCACACUCCUCAGGAUUCACUCAUCAGUGUGGGAGGGGACAUCAAGGAGGCUUUCUCUCAGGGCCCCAAGAGGAAUUUAAGGAACGACUUAUUGGUAGCAGCUGAUUCCAUCACAAACACCAUGUCCUCUUUAGUCAAAGAACUCAACUCAGAGGCAGGGAGUGAAACAGAGAGUAAUGUGGACUCUGACUUUGGGCGUGCUCAGUUUGAAGACCUCGUCCCCUCACCCACCUCAGAGAAGAACUUCCUUGCACAGAUCAACGCCAGAAAACCAGGUGGCACAGAUGAUGCGGAUGAUAACAGCUAUGAGAAUGACUCUGUUCUGCAACUUGAGAAUGAACUGAAGAUGGAAGAGCUCCUCAAGCAGAGCCAACAGGAGAAAACUUAUAUGAUGAACACCAGCCAAACAGAUGAGGGGAUUUCCACCACAAAUGAGGAUUGCUGCGUUUACACCUGCGAGGAACAGGGGCUUCUGGGCCAGCCAGAGUGGAAUGAGAAGAUGAGUAAACUACUAAAGACACAGCCUUGCAGCCAACACCACCAUUAGAGUCUCCUUUUGAACUGUUGUAGUUACGUCUUUAAAAUAAGCAUAUAUUCAUUCAGUAUUGUAUAUUAGGUCUAGUGAGACUUGGACAAGUUUGGCUGCAGCUGUGACUGACAGCAAUAGGGUUUCUGAUGCUGUUAUCACUGAUUACUGUCCUUACAGCUACAGAUGUAUUUUAAGUGUAAGUCACAUGACAGAUACUCUGUUUUAUUUAUUAAAAUUGUGUUUUGUUUUCUUAAAAAAAAAAAAAAACUUAUUGAAAGGCAUAAAAAUGCAGCCAAUCUGAUAUAUGUGUCAUAUACUACUGAACAAGCACUUUUCAUCAAUAGUGAUUUCUUCUGGUUUGAUAUAGAGGGAUAUUUAGAGUUUGACCUGACUUGAAUUGCAGAGUGUUCAACAGUUUUAAAUUAUCACAACCAAAUUGUUAUUGUAAAUACAUACACACAUAUAUAUGUAUAUAGAUACAUAUGUGUAUUCAUAUGUGUGUGU